GUGAGGAGGAGAUGAGGAGACGUGAGGAGAUGAGGAGACAUGAGGAGGAGAUGAGAUGUGAGGAGAUGAGGAGAUGCGAGGUGAUGAGGAGACAUGAGGAGGCGAUGAGGAGACGUCCGGAGGAGAUUUGUAUUCUGGAUCAUCGCGUCAUCCAUCACAAUGAAGAGCCACAUGUGACACACAGCAGCAGCUAUGAAUUCCUGCCACCUGACUUGUCUUCAGAGGAUGACAUGUCGGAAUGUGAGACGGAGACAGUGCGUCCUCGUCCAUUAUUCAGAGCCUUGAGACGUCAUCAGGAAAGUCCCUUCGUCCUCCAUCAUGAAGCGCCACAUGCGACACGCAGCAGCAGCUUUGAAUUCCUGCCACCUGACAUGACCGCUGACCUGAGAGCAGGGGAACGAACCCGCAGCUAUGAAUUUCUGCCAGCCAACAAGCCACAUGUGACACACAGCAGCAGCUAUGAAUUCCUGCCACCUGACUUGUCAGAGGAUCAGAUGAUACAUGACAACAUGUUUGAUUGCGACAUGGCGGAAUAUGAGACGGAGACAGUGCGUUCUCUACCAUUCAUCAGAGUCUUGAGACGUCAUCAGGGAAGUCACUUCGUCCUCCAUCAUGAAGAGCCACAUGUGACACACAGCAGCAGCUAUGAAUUCCUGCCACCUGACUUGUCUUCAGAGGAUGACAUGUCGGAAUGUGAGACGGAGACAGUGCGUCCUCGUCCAUUAUUCAGAGCCUUGAGACGUCAUCAGGAAAGUCACUUCGUCCUCCAUCAUGAAGCGCCACAUGCGACACGCAGCAGCAGCUUUGAAUUCCUGCCACCUGACAUGUCUGAGCUGAGGGUUGUUCUGCUGGGGAGCAGCUGGUCUCAGAGGAGUUCAGUGGGGAACUUCAUACUGGGAGAGACUAAGUUCAACACUGAGGAAGAUGCAGGCUGGUUUCUGACAGAAAGAGGACACGUGAAGGAGAAAGAAAUCGUUCUCAUCAACACUCCAGAUCUCCUCCUCCUCCCACACAGAGUGAGAAGAGUUCUGGAAUCAGUCUGUGAUCCUGGACCUCAUGUGUUCCUGCUGGUUCUGCAGCCUGAAGACUUCACUGAGCAACACAAACUGAGGCUCUGCAGCUUCCUUCGACUCUUCAGUGAUCGACCGUUUGAUCAUUGCCUGGUGCUGAUAUCAACACCCAGAGAGGAGAGUCCAGGUUUGAUGGAAAAGUAUCAGCAACAUCCUCCAUUGAAGGACAUGAUCAGACAGUGUCGCUACAGGUUUCUGUGGCAGAAGAAUGUUGACCUUCCAGAGCUGUUAACACGUUUGGGUCAAGUCGUGAAAGAAAGCAAAGGAGAGCAUCUGAGCAGCAGCUAUGGAUUCCUGCCACCUGACUUGUCUCCAGAGGAUCAGAUGAUACAUGAGAUGCUGAUGCAUGACCACAUGUUUGAUUGCGACAUGUCGGAAUAUGAGACGGAGACAGUGCGUUCUCUACCAUUCAUCGGAGUCUUGAGACGUCAUCAGGGAAGUCACCUCGUCCUCCAUCAUGAAGAGCCACAUGUGACACGCAGCAGCAGCUUUGAAUUCCUGCCACCUGACAUGUCUGAGCUGAGGGUUGUUCUGCUGGGGAGCAGCUGGUCUCAGAGGAGUUCAGUGGGGAACUUCAUACUGGGAGAGACUAAGUUCAACACUGAGGAAGAUGCAGGCUGGUUUCUGACAGAAAGAGGACACGUGAAGGAGAAAGAAAUCGUUCUCAUCAACACUCCAGAUCUCCUCCUCCUCCCACACAGAGUGAGAAGAGUUCUGGAAUCAGUCUGUGAUCCUGGACCUCAUGUGUUCCUGCUGGUUCUGCAGCCUGAAGACUUCACUGAGCAACACAAACUGAGGCUCUGCAGCUUCCUUCGACUCUUCAGUGAUCGACCGUUUGAUCAUUGCCUGGUGCUGAUAUCAACACCCAGAGAGGAGAGUCCAGGUUUGAUGGAAAAGUAUCAGCAACAUCCUCCAUUGAAGGACAUGAUCAGACAGUGUCGCUACAGGUUUCUGUGGCAGAAGAAUGUUGACCUUCCAGAGCUGUUAACACGUUUGGGUCAAGUCGUGAAAGAAAGCAAAGGAGAGCAUCUGAGGUUGGAUACAUCACUUCAAAUCUGGUGAAGAGUAGAUCCCAGAUGACAGCAGUCCACCCUCUGGUGUGACUGCACAAACCUGGUCAUGAUCAGUCAUAUGAUCAGUCAUAUGUGUUAUUAUUUUUCUCCUGCUUUGCUAUUUUCUUAUAUCACAUUUUAAUUUUUAUCAGGGCUGCUGACAACAAGGAUUAAUCUUGAUGUUGUCAGUCUGAGAUCUUCUAGAUUAAGAAGCUAAAACCUCGGCUCUGCUGUGACUUUUUCUUUUCCGCUUUAGCUCAGUUGUCUUAUUGCAACUGAUCCUUUCCUUUACCAAAGGAAAAAGUAGCAGCACCGCUCUGUAAAAAUACUGUUGUAAGUAAAAGUCCUGUAUUCAAGAUUUGACAUUUGUAAAGUGCACUUAUCACCCAAAACGUACUUAAAGCACUUGUUGGGCAGAAUGGUUCCUCUCAGAGAGUUCUGUUAUUAUCAUUACUGAUGCUUUAACACAUCUGUUACAGCUGUUGCUCCUGGUUUAAGAAGCAGAUUGUCUGUUGAACAUGAUUUGCCUUCAUGGAUUUUAUUGUUAGUUACACUUUGCGUAAUCUUGCUGAAGAAGUAAAACUCUUCCAUUUGUCUGUCGUGCAGUGGUGGUCACAUGAUGACCACACCUGUACUGUCUGGCUAGUUAACAUACACUAUAUAUACACUGCUUACUGGGCUGUUGAGAUGUUCGUCAUAUACAGAUAUUCAUAUGCUGUCACAUAUUUGAUGCUGUGUUAUUGUAUUUUCCCUUUAUCUUUAGACUAGCUCACAGGCAUGUACAUAACUGAAGUCCAGUUAAGGAUCCUCACACUGCACAUGGGUAAAAACUGGACUUUCCCAUCCAGCUCUGCAGUCCACAACAAACUCAUCCACAUUUUCAAAGGUGAUAAACAGGAUUGACAGCACGGCAGACUUCUGUAACACACAGAAAAGAAGAGGAAACACUGAAAUAAGUUGAGGGGAAAUUAGAAAAUGAGGAGGGACAGACCUGGUGGACAUGAAAGAUCCUGGAAGAUGAAAACCAGAGAAAAGAAGGUCAAAUCAGACGAGAGCAGACAGGAGAAAAGAAAUGAAGCGCUACAAGAAACCACUGAAAUACUGGCUCAUAAAUGGAAAAGCAAAUAUCUCAGAAACAAUGCGACACAAAACAAGAAGAUGAUGGAAUUUAAUUUCAAAGAAAAAUGUGUCACACGAACAGGAUGGUCAACACUUUGAGCUGAGCUCGAUCCAAAGUCUGCAAAACUGCAACGAUAAACCCGACAGAAGGUCAAGAGCUGAGGACUUUCCGGCUCACAAAGAACUCCAGCACUAUGUUAUUUUAAUCAAUUCAGAAGUGAUUGAGGAGGUGAAACAAUCAGGAUUUAUUAUUGUCACUAAUGAAUGAAAGUCUGGACUGUUUUCAUGAGGUUACAGACAACAACUGUCCUGGUUUUGUGUUUUGUGCCAAACAUGAUUAAAGAUGAUUUUUUGCGAUUCUG